AUGGCCAUGCUCUUGAUCGUGAGCUGCUUUGCUUUGGUGGCCUCUGCAUUGGGGUGCGGAGUGCCUGCUAUCAAACCCCAAGUGAGCGGCUACAACAAGAUUGUAAAUGGAGAGAAUGCCGUGUCGGGGUCUUGGCCCUGGCAGGUCUCACUUCAGGAUGGCAGGGGAUUCCACUUCUGUGGAGGAUCUCUGAUCAACCAGUACUGGGUUGUAACUGCUGCUCACUGCCGUGUGUCUCCUGGCCGCCACCGUGUCAUCCUGGGAGAGCAUGACAUGUACAAUAAUGAGCCUAUUCAGGUCAAGACCAUUGCCAGGGCCAUCACUCACCCAUAUUACAAUACCCAGAACUUCAACAACGACAUCACCCUUCUGAAGCUGUCCUCCCCAGCUCAGAUGACACCCCGUGUUUCCCCCGUGUGCCUGGCCUCCCCCAGCACCAGCAUCCCCUCAGGAACCCGCUGUGUUACUACUGGCUGGGGCAAGACCGGCCAAACCUCAAGCCCCCGCUACCUCCAGCAGACCGCCCUGCCCCUGCUCAGCCCUGCUCAGUGCAGGCAGUACUGGGGCCAAAACAGAAUCACUGAUGCCAUGAUCUGUGCUGGUGCUUCUGGAGUGUCCUCCUGCCAGGGUGACUCUGGUGGCCCUCUGGUCUGUGAGAAUGGUGGAGUUUGGUCCCAGGUUGGCAUUGUGUCCUGGGGAACCAGCAACUGCAACGUUCGUGCCCCUGCCGUAUACGCCCGUGUGUCCUAUCUGCGCCGUUGGAUUGACCAGACUGUUGCUUCCAACUGAGCUGCCAACACUCAAAAUCUACAAUAUCCACACAAGCUCCAGCUCCACUCACAUCCUCGUCCUUCUCUUCUGUGGACUCA